AAAGCUAGACAAAAUGAAGACACUGUAACAAUAUGAUUCAUGCUCUUGAAAUUGCGCGGGCGCAUCCCUUUCCGAGGCCAACAUUAAAGGACCGGGUGCGAUUAGAUCCGCUGACGCUCGUACUCGGAGGCGCAGUCGUGUCCCUGCCCUGUCUCCUACAACCGCGGCUACACCCGACCAUCCAUGGAACGGCUCCGAUGGCGCCAGCCCCAUGGACUGCAACCAACCGACUGUUUAACCACACAAGUCCGAGAGCCCACGAGCACAGGCGUAGAAGACAACGCCGCAGCAAUUAGGCGGAGUACUGCCGCGGUCUUAGGAGACUGAGUCGGUCUUCCUCGGAGUGGGGGGAAACGAUGGUAGAAAAGAGGGGGCAUUCGGGUGGAAGGUAGAGAGAUUUGGGCGGGUACAAGGAAACCCAUCAUUCCCCUGCUCGGAAUGAGUGAAACCCAAGCAUGGGGACUCGUACGAAGAGGAACAGUAGGCAUAUAGAAUGCCCAAUUAACUGCUUCUUCGAUCUUUUUUGUGAUAGUUUAAUGAGAAUGGUUGGAGGGAAGGAUAGUGACGAGUUAUUAAAGCCGAGAACUCGGUCGAACCCGGUCAAAGCAUGGAAUUGGGCUUCCCACACCCACAGUCGCGGAUGCAGCGGCUCGGCUCCUUUGUCCGAGGAGGAUUCAACAGGGAGCGGAAGGAAUGAGAGUGCUGGUGUGCUAGAGAAGAAGGACAAUGAAUGAGAUCGAACAGAAGUACAGUCAUGAGCUCGCUAGUUUUGGCAGAUUCCGUGGCUCGCUCCACUUUCUGCCAUUAAACGAGGAUGCAUCGAUGCAGAUUCCCAAUCAUCCUUCUCCCUCCACGGCAGACACAUGCCAUCAUUGCAUUUGCCUCUACCUCCUCUUAAGCUGUUUUAGGAAGCUGAGCUCUUCCCCCAGUUCCGCCACCUAUAAACUCCUCCCUCCGCCCUUUUUACACUCCUCAACUCGGUCCUGUUUCCGCUGGGGCCGUAACCAUGAAGCCUUCCUCUGGCGCCGUCGACAGCUUCUUCUCCUAUCUCAUUCACGGCCUCGACGAGCUUGACCGGUCGCUGGCGUCGGACGCCUUCGUGUCUAUCCAGUUCCUGCAGGGCGCCGUCGCCCUCCUCCGCUCGCUCCACUUGCAGUUCACUUGCCUGGUUCAGAAGCUCCGCCUCCCUGCCGGCGGCAAGUGGCUCGACGAGUACAUGGACGAAAGCUCCCGCCUUUGGGACGUGUGUCAUGUCAUCAAGCUUGGCGUCACCGGCCUGGAGAGUUACUGCUCCACCGGCGCCGAUGUCUUCUCCUCGAUCGACCAAUGGCGGCACGACCAUAGUCCCCGCCUCACUCGCCAGGUGAUGCGCGCAAUCUCUAUCUGCCGGAGGGAAGCCAUGGGGUUGGAGGAGGAGAAUAGAGUGUUGGCGGAGACGCGGAUCGAGCCGGCGUCACUCCGGUUUGACGACCGCGUGCCGAUGGAAUCAAGGUACAACGGAUUCAAUGGCUUCCGGGGAGCACUCUACGCUCUGAGGAACGCCAGCUCGCUGCUGCUAAUGAUCCUGCUGUGGGGGUCGAUCUUCUGCUCGCCGGAUUUGGUCGUCAUGGAAAGCUCCACGCUUUGCAGCGCCGGCUUCACCGCCUCGAUAGCGAGGCUGCAGCAGAGGAUGGUCGGAGAGACGGAAAGAAUCAACAGCCGGCCGGGGAUCCUCAUGCACGAGUUUCGGCAGGCGAGGGCGUCUGCUGAGGAGCUGCAGGAAGAACUGGAGAGAGCCGGUUGUGAGCUGGACUUCGCCGGAGGAGGCAUAAUGGAGAAAGCAGAGGGGUUGAAGGCUUGGUUUGGGAUGCUUCAGUCCGGAACUGAGAAUCUCUUGGGGCAAAUGGAUGAUUUCUUCGAUGAGAUCGUGGAAGGAAGAAAGAAACUAUUGGAUCUGUGCUGCCAUAGGUAGUAAUUCGAAGAAGAAGAAGAAGAAUUUGAGGAUAAAAUUUAACAAAGUUGAAUGUUGCCUAACA